UUACAUAAAUUUAGUGCGUAUCUAGUGAGUUUGAGAAAAAUUAAGAAAAUAUAAAAUAAAACCGACGGAUAGUGCGUUAACUCGCGAAUAGUAGUUUUGUAUUUUUUAUGUGUUUAUGUUUGUAAAUGACGUUUCGCGUCAGUAUCAGUGUCGUAUCAGUAUUAAUAAUUUUUAGUAGUUUGUAACCGUUUUUUACUCGAUGUUUAUAUUUAUUUACAAUUAUUGAUAGUGUGAUAUUUAUAUGUAAAGACAAUGUCACAGUUAAUGAAGAAAAGAUUUCCCUCCAUUACAAGCAUUCAAGAUUUAGGGUCUGACGGAAAUACGUCCUUUUUGCGCGCUGCGCGCAAUGGCCAACUCGACAAAGUUUUGGAACACUUAAAAUCCAAUAUCGACAUUAACACCAGUAAUGCGAACGGCCUUAACGCCCUUCACUUAGCAUCAAAAGAUGGCCAUGUAGAAAUAGUGGAGGAACUCCUAAAACGCGGUGCCGUAGUCGAUGCCGCAACCAAAAAAGGAAACACAGCCCUCCACAUAGCCUCGCUUGCGGGUCAGGAAGAGGUCGUUAAGUUGUUAGUGCAACAUGGAGCUUCAGUCAAUGUACAAAGCCAAAAUGGUUUUACACCGCUUUACAUGGCCGCUCAGGAAAAUCACGACAACGUCGUCAAAUACCUACUCUCCAACGGGGCAAAUCAGAGUUUGUCAACCGAGGAUGGGUUUACACCUCUGGCAGUUGCAAUGCAACAAGGCCACGACAAAGUUGUCACCGUCCUCCUGGAGAAUGACACCAGAGGAAAGGUCAGAUUACCAGCACUGCACAUAGCUGCUAAAAAAGAUGAUGUAAAAGCUGCAAAAUUAUUAUUAGAGAAUGAGCAUAAUCCUGACGUCACAUCAAAAUCUGGAUUCACUCCUCUUCACAUAGCUUCUCAUUAUGGCAACCAGCAAAUUGCAAACCUUUUGAUUCAAAAAGGAGCAGAUGUUAAUUACUCUGCGAAACACAACAUCACACCUCUGCACGUUGCAGCAAAAUGGGGCAAAACGAAUAUGGUGGCCACUCUGGUAGACAAUGGGGCAACGAUAGAGUCAAAGACCAGAGAUGGAUUAACACCUUUGCAUUGUGCAGCGAGAAGUGGCCACGAACAAGUCGUGGAUAUGUUAUUGGAACGAGGAGCACCAAUUAGUUCAAAAACUAAGAACGGUUUGGCUCCUCUUCAUAUGGCUGCUCAAGGAGACCACGUGGAUGCCGCCCGCAUUCUCCUUUACCAUCGAGCCCCGGUUGAUGAAGUUACGGUCGAUUAUCUAACCGCCCUUCAUGUCGCGGCACAUUGCGGUCAUGUUCGUGUGGCGAAACUCCUCCUGGAUCGACAGGCUGACGCGAACGCUCGCGCUCUUAAUGGUUUCACGCCUCUUCACAUCGCUUGUAAAAAGAACAGGAUAAAAGUUGUUGAAUUGCUUUUGAAACAUGGAGCAAGCAUAGGAGCAACAACAGAAAGUGGACUUACACCAUUACAUGUCGCUAGUUUUAUGGGAUGUAUGAAUAUUGUGAUUUACUUGCUGCAACAUGAUGCUAGUCCAGAUGUUCCUACAGUUAGAGGUGAAACACCACUUCACCUCGCAGCACGUGCUAAUCAGACUGAUAUUAUCAGAAUACUUUUGCGAAAUGGCGCUCAAGUAGAUGCGAGAGCCAGAGAGCAACAGACGCCUCUUCACAUCGCUUCUAGAUUAGGCAAUGUUGAUAUUGUUAUGCUUUUGUUGCAACAUGGCGCAAAGGUAGACAAUACAACCAAAGACAUGUACUCAGCGCUACACAUAGCAGCGAAGGAAGGCCAAGAUGAGGUCGCUGCGGUUUUGAUAGAGAACGGAGCCACUUUAGAUGCAACCACCAAAAAAGGAUUUACCCCACUACAUCUUGCAGCCAAAUAUGGACAUCUUAAAGUGGCAAAACUUCUUUUGCAAAAGGAGGCUCCAGUGGAUGCCCAAGGCAAAAACGGAGUCACUCCAUUGCAUGUUGCCUCCCAUUACGAUCACCAGAAUGUCGCGUUACUUCUUCUGGACAAGGGAGCAUCUCCUCACGCAACCGCCAAGAAUGGCCACACUCCUUUGCAUACAGCUGCAAGGAAAAACCAAAUGGACAUAGCGAAUACCCUUCUAGAAUACGGUGCUCAGCCAAAUGCUGAGAGUAAAGCUGGAUUUACCCCUCUGCAUCUUAGUUCACAAGAAGGACACACUGAUAUGACGUCGCUGCUUCUUGAGCAUAAGGCGGACGCAAACCACCAAGCCAAGAAUGGCUUGACUCCAUUGCACUUAUGCGCUCAAGAAGACAGAGUCCCUGCCGCUGAAAUCUUAGUUAAGAAUGGGGCAGUUGUGGAUACUCCAACGAAAGCGGGAUACACACCGCUACACGUGGCUUGCCACUUUGGACAAGUUAACAUGGUCAGGUAUCUUUUGGCUAAUGGAGCCAAAGUCGACGCAUCGACAUCCUUGGGCUAUACGCCACUUCAUCAGGCUGCGCAACAAGGACACACCAAUAUUGUCAAUCUUCUAUUAGAAAACAACGCAGAUCCAAAUGCUGUGACAAACAACGGCCAGACACCUUUGAACAUCGCUAACAAACUUGGAUAUAUCACUGUCAUUGAAACCCUAAAAGUUGUAACAACUACUACAUCGAUUAUCACGAAUACUACCACUAAUAUAGAAGAAAAAUAUAGAGUAGUAGCCCCUGAAGCUAUGCACGAAACAUUUAUGUCAGAUUCUGAAGAGGAAGGAGGAGAGGACACCUUGUUGGGCGAUCAAACGUACAGAUAUUUGACGGCUGACGAGAUGAAAUCGCUGGGCGACGACUCGCUGCCCAUCGACGUGACCAGAGACGAGCGCAUCGAUUCCAAUAGGAUGGUGAUCAGCGGCGACAGCAACAUGCUACCCCCUCAGAACAUCGAGGACAACAUCAGUCCCGAACAUGUCACCCAGAACUACGUGGAGUACAUCAAAAAGUAUCAACCCGAUAAUGUUGAUAUUGGCCGGCAUCCCAUCAACAUUGGAAAAUUACAUUGGAAGAACUUUCUUGUGUCAUUCUUGGUUGACGCUCGUGGUGGCGCAAUGCGAGGAUGUCGACAUUCAGGCGUGCGGGUCAUAGUACCCCCAAGAUGCGCCCCCAGUCCCACUCGAAUAACCUGUCGAUACGUUCGACCGCAACGAACUCCCCAUCCCCCUCCAUUAAUGGAGGGCGAAGCACUCGCCAGUCGCGUCCUAGAAUUGGGUCCCGUUGGAGCUAAAUUCUUAGGACCCGUCAUAAUCGAAGUACCACAUUUCGCCGCCCUGCGUGGCAAAGAACGAGAAAUCGUAAUCCUACGCUCCGACAAUGGAGAAAACUGGAAGGAGCACACCGUCGAAGCAACUGAAGAAGUUGUCAAUGAAGUACUGAACGAAAGCUUCGAAGCUGAAGAUUUAAGCCAGCUAGAGGACAUGGCGUCGGGUAGAAUAACACGAAUUCUGACGCAAGAUUUCCCACAGUAUUUCGCUGUCGUAUCCAGAGUGCGUCAAGAAGUACACGCGAUUGGACCUGAAGGUGGCAUGGUCUCUAGUACUGUGGUACCGCAAGUUCAAGCGGUGUUCCCAGAGGGCGCGCUUACGAAGAAGAUUAAAGUUGGGCUCCAGGCCCAACCAAUUGACCCAGAACUAACUGCGAAAUUAUUAGGACAUGGGGUGGCCGUAUCCCCAGUGGUAACCGUAGAGCCAAGACGUAGAAAAUUCCAUAAAGCCAUUACCCUAAGUAUGCCAGCACCUAGAGCUCAUUCCCAAGGAAUGAUUAACCAAUAUUCAGGAUCAGCGCCUACACUUAGAUUAUUAUGUUCUAUAACAGGUGGAACUACCAGAGCACAAUGGGAAGACGUUACCGGAUCAACUCCGCUUACUUUCGUAAACGAUUGUGUAUCCUUCACAACAACCGUGUCAGCAAGAUUCUGGCUAAUGGACUGCCGAAAUAUCGGGGACGCAACAAAAAUGGCAACCGAGUUAUAUAAGGAAGCGAUUCACGUACCAUUCAUGGCUAAGUUCGUCGUGUUCGCAAAGCGAAUCGACCCACUAGAAGCUAGACUAAGAGUAUUCUGCAUGACAGACGAUAAAGAGGACAAGACUUUGGAGCAGCAAGAACAUUUCACUGAAGUGGCUAAAAGUCGAGACGUUGAAGUCCUGGAGGGCAAGCCACAGUAUAUCGAAUUCGCCGGCAAUCUAGUACCGAUCACCAAGAGUGGCGAACAGCUACAAUUCUCGUUCAGGGCCUUCAGAGAAAACAGAUUACCUUUCUCUGUAAGAGUUAAGGAUCAACAUGCCGAGGCGGUCAGUCGAUGUCUUUUCAUGAAAGAACCUAAGGUUCCUAAAGGCGAGCCACCGCAACAACCGAUCUGUAUACUCAACAUCGUCCUUCCAGACGAUAUCGUUUCUGAAACGAUAUCGCUGUCUGACACCGAUUCGGUCAAGAGACACAUUCUUCUCUCAGAGAACUUCGAUUAUUACAGACCAGAUCCGAGACUAGCGGACAUGAGCAACCUCCUGGGUGAAGACUGGGUGCCGUUGGCUACCCAAUUAGGUCUUACACCAUCAGAAAUAAACGUCAUCAAGUCAGAAUAUCCCGAUAGCGUCGCGAAACAGGGUCAAUCCAUGUUGCGCAUGUGGCUGUCCCAAUCUGGUAACAAGGCUCAAACAAAUAUACUGGAAAAUGCCUUGAGGAGGAUAGAACGAGAAGACAUUAUACCUCAGUGCCUAAACGUAGACCAAAAUGGUCAGACCAUUACCAGAAUUAAACAUGAGGAGAAACAAAUUUACAGACUGAAGCGAGAUAGUAGCUUAGAUAGGGAUCGAAAAGUUACAGACAAAGAAUUGAUACCAGAAACCAGGGAAACUUAUCAAGUUCACGACAAAUAUUCCGCCGAGGAAAAGGCUGUGGCAAUAUCAGAUGAGGAAGAGGAUUUCAACAAAACCGUAACUGAAAGACGACAACAAAUCGAAAAUAAGUUAUCAGCUGAUCGAACCAUUCCGGCAUCUUCACAGCGCGUUGAAAUUGUCCAGGAAAUCACAUCGAUCAAACGACAAAGUAUCGUCGAAGACAAAAUUGCCGAAGUACAAAAAGGAGAUAUCAAACCUUCCGAAUUAGCAAAACCCACUACGACAACAAUAACAAAAACCACUGAAGUUAUCUUGCCAGCGGAGGAUGUUUCUAAGACUACCGAGAAGAUUGCAAAAACCACUCAAUCGACCGCAGUCUCAGAAACCAUCGACAAAUCUGGUACUCACGAAACUGAAACGACUAUUCUUGACACACGCACAACUCAACCACACGAAGACACGCACAGGACAGCAGAGGACUCGGAGCUGUUGAAGGAAGUGACCGAAAGAUUUGGUGGCAAGAAACCAAUGCCCAAAUUAUUAGCUGAUGAAGAUCCAAAAUCGCCACACUUCUCCAAAACACCACCUCCGAGUCCUGCUGAGUUUUUGAUAACACAACAGGCAGCCACCGUCCAAGCAUGGGAUGCCGACAAAAAACCGACCGAGCUUCAGUCCUCCAAAGGACCACUAGAACAGGACGCAGCACUUCAAGAAUCCAGCUGCGAUCUACUAACAGAAGCAAUAACCCCACUAACAUCGGCGGAUAAUAAAAACAUUCCGCAGCCUAAACCUCGAUCUGCUAAGACCCCGGACACACAGCUUAUACUUUCACAAACUACUACUGCUCAAGACAUUACGCAAGACAAACAAAUUUCUCCUGUUCGAGAUGAUUUGCUGGAUGACACUGAUCAAGCAGAUAAUUUCGAAACAUAUACAGAUAAGAAAAAGUUUUGGGAAAACAUAUCUAACGAUCAAAUUAAAAAACAAACAAUAGUAGAAGAAACUUCUCACGUAGAAAAAGAAAUCAUAUCUAUAAAAAGAAAAUCCAUUCACGAAUUUGAAACUCCACCUGUACCUAAGCCACGUGCAAGUUUUCAACAGUCACAGAGUGUCUGUGAAGGAAAACAAGAAGAUGGCAAAUCAAGUUCCUUCGCAAAUAGGGCCAUAUCACUUGAUUCCACGACUAGCGAUAGUACAGAUCCAAUUCAUACAGAAUUAACAAAGAUAUCUGGGAGUGACACUUCAGUUGUGGAAGAAAAGAUUAUGACUGAGUACCAAGCUUCAUUCUUGCCACCAGCACAAAUGGUUUCUAAAACUAAAUCUAGAGAUGACGAUCUUAAAACCAGUAAAAUUGAUCUAGAAAAAACUGAUAGUCUAGACUCUGAUAGAGCUCAAAGGGGAAGCAGUCAAUUAGUAGAUAAUGUUGGAUAUAUAUCAGACAGUGAAGAUGUUGAACAUUACAUAUCUGAUUCCGAAAUCGAAGAUAGGGUACCACAAAUUCGUGAGCGUCAAAUGAGUGUAUUUGCACCACCAGUCGCUCCCAUGAGGAAAUCAAUAUAUGAAAGAUCUGCUUCCCUUCCAACCGAAGACUUAUAUGAAGUUUCAGCUAGAAAUAUUAAAUUACGCAAACAAUAUUAUGAAGAUCAGAUAAAGAAAGAGAUGAUUGAGGAACAACUCACUAAUGAUAUUGAAGACGAUCCAUCUCCUGAGAGAAAACCAUUAUACUUCACAACUGAACAAGUACUGCAAGAAGAAGAUGAAGAACCUAAAGAAAAGGAUGAACUGGAUAAUGAAGAAAUAUGUAAACGCUCCGUAAAGGAUUUAAAGCAUAAAUUUGAGCAAUCUAUUGAAAAUGAAGUUAAAUAUUCUAGAAGUAUAGCUAAACCACAUACAGACGAUGACACAUCUUUAACAGAGUCUAUGCAGGAAAAACACGACUUUGAAUCAAUAAAAGAAGAAAUAAGUGAUAACGUUAUGAAGGAACAGAAUAUUAAAGAGUUAGACUCUGAAAACGAACCUGAGAAAGAAACAUAUUUUGAAUCCACCACCAAUUUGUUAGAAGAGGAUAAUUUAACUGAACGCACUUCUGUAAAAAGUUUAGCUAAGACUUUCGAAAAGCAAUUAGGAUCUGUAAUCGCAGGCCAAAAGGUUGACAUCAGAACAACAGAGAAAACUUUCAAAAUUUCAUCUAAAAAAACUGUUGAAUCGGUACCUUCGAAAUUAGAAAAAGAAUCUGAGGAAAGCCUUGAUGACGCACCAAAAACAUUGCCAAAAGAAGAACCUGUCAAAGAUGAUGGCACCCCAAAAACAUUGCCAAAAGAAGAACCUGUCAAAGAUGAUGACGCACCAAAAACAUUGCCAAAAGAACAACCUGUCAAAGAUGAUGACGCACCAAAAACAUUGGCAAAAGAAGAACCUGUCAAAGAUGAUGUGGCACCAAAAACAUUGGCAAAAGAAGAACCCGUCAAAGAUGAUGUCGCACCAAAAACAUUGCCAAAAGAAGAACCUGAUGCAAUAAUUCCUAUUAAAUCCACUUCAUCACAAAAAGAAAGUGCGAUUCCCUCAGAAGCGGAGUUGGACUUAACAAAGCAGGAAUUACAACCGAUUAAAACAGCUGAAACAAAUGAUGUGGAAAUAGAUGAGCAACAUACCGACGUUUUAGAACGCAGAGAUGAUAUUUCAGAAUUUAAACAAGUCAAUGAUUCAUUGGAUAUAAUUGAAUCCGAUAAAAGCCAGGACGAUCUUAAUGUGACAGAUGAUAUAGCUUCUAAACUUGAUUCAAUGGAAGUACAUGUAGACAAAAGUGAAAUUGAAGAUUCUGAAAAAUUAACAGAGGUAGACACAGACUUUGAAACUAAAUCAGUUGAUUCUUUCGUCGCUGAACAGUCGCCAAAGGGAAUAACAUCUGUAGAUGAGGCUAUUCCCGAAAUUACAGUCACUUUAUCAGGAAAACAACGUAGAAUAAGCGAAGAGAGUGACGAAUACGCUAAUAAAGAAGAAUUGGCGUCGACAAAAUCGCCACCUAUCAAUCAGCCAGAGGAGCAUAUAGAAGAAACGGUUUGGGAAGUUUCAGUGCAAUCUGAAACUCAUUUUGAUGAAAAAGUAACUGACAUUGUUUCUAAUAAGGUUGGAACUCACGAACCUAUUGACAAAGUAAUUGAUGACGAUUUAAGUACACGUGAUGAAUCAGAGGUUGUUUCUGAGGUCCAUCAAGAUCGUUCUGACUCAUUAUCUAUCUCAGAUAAAAUAAAAUCUGAAAGUUAUAGUGACAUAGAAAAAAUAAUUUUGGAUAGUUUGCAUCAACAAAAAGUGGAUCCCGAUGAAGCACGUAAAAUAGCUAAUUCAUUGUUACAAGAAAUUGAAGCAGAAAUACAGAAAAAAGAGACAAUUACUUUGGAUACGAAGAUAAUUACACAAGAAGUGCGUAAAGAACCAGUUUCAGAUUAUUUACGGCAACUCGCUGAGGCUAAAGGUCUUGAUGAAAGAGAAGUGGAAUUAGUAGAGUCAGUUUUGGCAAGAAGACAACGAGAAUUAGCUAAAUUGGCACGAGGCGAUACACAGGCAUCAAGUAUGGAAAUAACCGAUGAAGAUUUGAGAUACAGCGGAACAGAAAUGGAUUACUCACAUACAUUAGAGCAACAAAUAGAUCAAUUAGAAGCUGAAAAAGUUGACAUGAAAAUGGAAUAUGAAACGGAUGACCAAGUCAGACAUUUUCAAGAAACAAUUAAACAGGUUGAUAAGAUUAAUGAAGACCACAUAGAAGAAAAUUACUCUUUCAAAGAUUCAGAAAUAUAUGACGACACAAAAGUAAUAAGUCAAAAGGUCGCAUCAUCUGUUGUAUCUGCUGAAAGUGUAAGAGGUGAUAAAUGUACAAUUAAAUCUAAAGAUAUUAUUUUCGAAGAAGAUGAAACUAUAUCUGAGUCUGCUAUUGAAGAAACUGAAAAAGUAAACAUCGAGGCCAAAGGAGAAGUUAUAAAUCUAGUUCACGAAAAAACAGAUGAUAAAGAAACAGAUAUAAAAGAAAUAAGUGAAGCAUCUGUCGAAAAGCAUAAAGAUUCAAAAAGUAUAUCAGAGAGAACUAUAAAAGAAAGUGAAAUUUCACACCAAGAAAUUACUAAAAGAGAUGUUCAAUCAGUAGAAGGAACAAGUCAAAUUACGACUCAUACUGGAGAAACUAGCACUACAAUAAAAACAAGUAAUAUUGAACAAAAUAUAGACACAAAGCACGAUUUCCUACAUGAUGUAAAAUCUGAUAAAGAGAGUAGUAUUAUUGAAGAACACAGCGUUGAAGUUAAAAUUCAACCCGAUGGUUCAGAGACUACUGUUAUUAAAGAAAAUCAAAAAGAAUUGUUAACACAAAAAUCAAACACAAUAGUAUUUGAUCAUCAAGAAACAAAAUCAAUUGUAAGUACAGUUGUAGAUGAUCUUACAGAGAGUGACGUGAAAAAACUUAUGGGUCAUGACAAAAUGGAUCAACCAGAAGUUUGUCAAACAAUCACGCAUGUUACAAUUAAGAGAACUUCUAGCAGUGAUUCUAAAUCCAGUAUAGAGUCAGCAAAGUCUCCAGAAGAUCAAUUAUCCAACCAAAUAAGUCAUAAAAGUGAUCCUGAAGAGAGCAGAAUAGUCGAAAAAGAAAACAUCAUUCUUCGAAAAGCCAAGUCUGAUGCCGAAUCUAGUAGUAGCAGUUCACAACUAAAAGGAGAACGAAAAUCUGGAUAUGAGUUUGAGACGUAUUCGAGCUCUGGAGAAAGUCAUUAUCAGAGUUUUGAAAUUGACAGUGGUAAAAGUAGACCAUGUUCAUCUGAUAUUGAGGGGUUAAUUGCGGCUGGAUCUUCUGAGUACGAAAGCGCUUUAACAUCUCAAAUAUUAUCAGGUAAAUCACACAUUACAUCUACCGAAUACCAAACUGCUGUAAGUAGCUUAAGCUCAAAAGAAAGCAUGAAGAGUCUUGACAGCGAAAGCUCAGGUAAUCUAGCGAGUAUAGAAGUUUCAGAAAUAUCGGAGACCCUUAUUCCCUCCACUAGUGACAUGGAUGGCGACAUACUCGAUGUUGCUGAACAACAAUUGUUAGAAGAUGACAAGCCUAUUUCUGAUUGGACAAUAUCAUCUCGGCCAAUUAGACAAAGUACAGAAGUAAGCGACUCUGAGUUAUUGUCAUAUCCCGGAGAAUCUAUGGAGAUUUGUGAUGACGAUGACUUGGAGUCAAAGCAGAAUAUCGACGUUCAGUCAAAAAUGAAACGUUCUUAUGAAAUGACAUUCCAGCCAGAACCAAAACUUUUACUUCCAGAAUCACCACAUACUGACAGUGUAGAUCAGGACGAAAAAUUAGGUACUAGUCUAGAUGAAGGCAGUGUUCUUAGUAUGAGCAUGUCAAGCGCCUCUAGCGUAGCCGUUAAAACUGUUGUUGAGCUAUCUAAGGCAGAAGAAACUGAUAUGACUGUAUCAGGUGCUUCGGAGCAGUUGAGUAUUGAUGAAAUAGAUAAUAUUCUUCGAAGCAGUCAUGAGAAUAUUUCUGUAUUAAAUAAAUCUGUUGACAUGUCCACUUCAACACCGGCAAUUUCUAGUGAUUCUGGUAUAGAAUCGGUUACAUUAACAACAUCAAAAAUAGAUGAAGAUGGUAUCCAAAGUGCGAGCACCCAAGUAACUUCUCAAACCCACUCACCAGUUGAGGAAGUCAGUAUAGUUAAAGAAGAACCAAAAAAGAAGGGUCAUAGAAGACAAGAAAGUAAUUUUGUGGCAUCUAUGAUUAACAUUACUUCUAUGCCGAAAUCAGAUUUGGCAAAAACCACAGAUGCUGAAAUUAAAGAUAAUGAAAAAUGUGCAUCAAAACUAAGUAUUAAAGAAGGUAAAAGUGAUGAAAAGAAGGACAUAGAUGAAAGUGAAAAAGAUGAAUGUGAAUUUAAAGAUUCAAGAAUAUUAGAUGCCGAGUCUGAUUUUGAUGCAGAUACCUUAGAUUUAUCUAGACCUCAAUCACAAUUCAGUAAAUCUGAUUCAGAACGUCCAACUUCUACAGUUAUGUCGGAUGAUAGACCUGAAUCUGAACUAGCAGACCUUUUUGUUAAGUCAUCAGACGCAACUGAAGUGUCUGAUCCUAUUGAGAGGCCUAUAUCUCCGGAACCAUGUGACGAGACAAAAGAUGAUACUCCUGAAUUUAGUUCGGAAGCACAAGCUAGCGUAGGUGAACUUGAACAAGAAUACUCAUCAGCAAUCGCAAGAUCACAUGAAAUAUACUCCGAUACGAAACGCCAUUCAAAGGAAUUAACCGAUCUUUAUAUAAUGAAGCAACCGUUAGAGAAGCGUGAUUCUCAUGGAAAGUCAAGUAGUACAUCCAGCGAAAAAUCUAGUUUUGAUGAGGCCGAAGCGGAAGCAGCUUUCAGUAUGGUCGCACAUAUUUCACCAGCUCAUAAAAUUAAGCAAAUUUGUCCAAUUUUAGAGGAUGAAGAUGCCGAAAAGCACGAAUUAGAGACACGUGAACGUAUACAAAAAGAAUACGAUUUACGUCGAUCACAGAUGAAAGAUCAAAGUCCAGGAUUUAUUCCAGAUAUUAAAGUAACGCAACAUAUGACACCAUUAGUUGAUAGAAACUUCAGAUAUCCCGAUUUAGAACUAGAAGCAAAAGAACGUGAGUUAGAAACGCAAAUGUCAACCCCACAAACACCUGCUUCAAACUCAAGCAAAAGUUCUGAAGAAACCGAUCAGGGUCGGGAGUAUAUCUUAGAGAGUACAGUUUCCGCUAUUCCUGAAGAGCAACAAGACGACAAAGCUGUAUCUGAAUCAAAAAGUGAAAUAGGUACUGUGAUUGAAACAACCUUAAAAGAAGAAGAUUCUGACAAAGAGACUGAUUCCCCUAAUAGUGAUUCUUUUGAAAUGUUAGAAAAACCUGAUGUUCUCGAUGACUUUGUUGUUAUUGAAGAAGUUGCCAAAGAAGCACAUGAAUUUGAUUCCGAGGGAAAGAGUGUAAAAAUUCAUCAAACGAAAAAAGUAAAGUCGAAGCAUGAUCAUGAAGUUGAAGAAUAUCUAGUCAAAUCUGCUCCAACUCCAUUGACACGAAUGACUGAUAUUAAAUAUUAUCCUGAUGGAUCAUCAAGUGAUGAAUUAGGAUUUGAGUUUGAAGAUAGUCCACCUCAAGAUGUAAAAGGUACUACUACUACAACAAGAUCUUCUAAAGAUUAUGUACAUGAAUAUGAUAGAGAACUAGAAGCAAAUAAGAAAUGGAUAGAACAACAAUUUCAGGGAGAUCAAGCGGCUAUGAUUGCCGCAGGUUACGGUUAUGAGAUGGAGUUUGAACGAGGACCUUUAGAAGAUAUUAAAGAAGAAGAUAUAACAGAUUUUGAAGGAUCAAGUAGAAUUGGUAGUUUGGGUUCUCAAAAAGAGUCUGGCGGUAGUUUAGGAAGCGUUAAAGAUUCUUAUUCAAGUACCCCUGAAUACGAUGUCUUAGCUGGUAGAAAAUAUUUUACAAGAUCAGGUGAACAUGAUGACAUAUCAAUGUCGAGUUUACAGGAAUUUGAAAAUCUGGAACAGGCAAUGUCAUUAGAAAUGAGAAGAUAUCAUAAUUCACAAGAUUCUUCAAGUAACGGAAGUUUCAAAAAUCGUUAUCAUAAAGGCCAAGGCGAUGACAUUUCUGUCAGCUCGUUGAAGGAAUUCGAAGGAUUAGAAAAAGCUUGCAUAGCUGCUCACAAAAUAGAAAUUAAGGUAAAGGAGGAAGAAGAAUUGUUAGCGCAAAUCGAUGAGGGUCCAGAAAGUAUAACAUCUGAAUCUGAAAGUUGCGAAACGAUAUCUGGCACUCAGAAACAUGCGACCGACUCUGACGAAGAGGAUUAUGAGAAACGUAUGUUUGAAAUCGACGAAAUAAUCCGACAAGCCCAAACUAACGUAGAACGAUUUAUUGAUCUCAAAGAGAUUGAAAAAACCGAAUCCCUUGGAAGAGGCGAUUCUAUUGAAGAAGUUUCAAAAGUCCCCGAUUUAGAUUUAGAUGCUCCUUUAGUGAAAUCGACAAUAAAAGUACAGUGGAAAGAAAAUGAUGAUGUAAUGGUAACGUCGACGGAUUCUCUGGAUCUUAAACCAUCAAGUUUGCAUGGUAGCACGGAUAGUUUAGACCAAAAAACUGGAAUGGAUUUAAUGACUGCAAGUACUGAUUCAAUAGAAGUACAAGCAGUCAAGUCAAAACAAGAUAACAUAAUGACAGAUAGUAUUGAAAUAAAAAAUGAAGAAAAAAGUGGAAUCAUUUCUAGCGAUUCUUUAGAAUUAGGGGCAAUAGCAACAAAUAACGUACUGUUAACAGAUUCGAUCGAAGAAGAUUAUUCAAAAUUAUGUCCCCAAGAUAUUAGCAUAUCCAGUACUAGCAAGGAUUGCUCAGCUAGGGAUGAAUUCAAUCAAGAUAGGGGUGAUCUAUUAGACCACAGUAUAACAAGCUCAACUGCAACCCACGCCACUUAUCAGUAUGAAACUGACUCAGUAUUAUCAGGCAGUUUUACUAGUGGUGGAUCAAAUACGAUGGUAUCAUCUACGGAAACUGUAGAUCCAAUGCACACUAGAGAAUUUGUUGAUGUUGCCGCCGCUGUUAAAAAAGUGUGGUUUGAUGAGGAUACUAUGGGAAGCCGAUUUACAGAUUACGUAGAAGAUAAUUUGAAGCCGUAUGUCACGGAAGUUAUUGAACCAUCCGAGGAUGAUUCUUAUUCUCAUACGAUACAUAGACGUGUAGAAUUGCCUCCAGAAAUACGUAAAGUAACAUUCACAGGAUCUGAUGCUCAAGAAAGAUUAAAACAGUUUAUAGAUGACUUUGGCGAAGGUGAGGAUGUUCAAGAGACAACUGAAGUAGAUGAAGCUGGUAAUGUUCACGUUAAACGUGUGGUCCAAAAGAGAUACAUAGUAAAAACUGACGACUCAGACAAAACAAAACCAACUCAAGAAUUGACAGAUUCUAAACUAGGAAUUGUUACUAAAACACUAACCGAUUCUCAGGGAAGCUUAACUACAUUUACCCAACAAUUUGAUAUAUCAAAAACCCAAAGCUCUUCAUCAUCAAGAAAUGUAUCAGGUGAAGAAGCCGCUGCCUCUCAACCUUCAGCAACAGAUAAAGCUGAAUCCGAGGAGAGGCAAGGUGGAUCCCAGGAACAUAGGGUGGCUGAUCAACAUCAACUGUCCGAAGAAAUGAAAGCGUUGCUUAAAGAACUUGAAAAGGAAAGUAAGCAAUAAAUAAUGUUAAAAUAGUUAUUAAAUCAAUUUUGAAAUGUACCAAAAAUUACGACUGUAUUUACUAACCAUGACAAAAAUUUAAACUUAGCUUAUUACUAUUCUACUAAUGUUUGCUACGCUUGUAUAUGUUGUAACAUAGCUCAAAAAAUUUAUUGACUAUUCGGGCUUAAGAUCAACAGUACUAGAAACAAAUCAAGACCACAGCAAGCAAAUAAUCUUCCUGCCUCAAAAAAUAAACAAACUGUUGCCAUUUUAAAUAACAUGUUUUUGACUCACUAAAGUAUACACUAUGUACAUGUAGGUAAUAAAUAAAUGUUAUUUUAAAUAUUGCAUAAUUUUGGUUGUAUUUAUACAAAUACUGCUAUGUAAUAUUUUUAUUAGGAUAUGGAAGGCUUUUUUCAACCAAUAAGUUGAUAGCUAUAUUUUCUUUUUAGACUAGUAUUGUACUUACUAGGUAUAAGAGGAUUGACUUAUGAAAUGUAAGUAACAGUAACUUGCAAUAUAAAUGUAUGAGUGUAAUUUGUUUUGUUAAAGUCCGUUAUUUUUAUAUAAUGCUUUAUUGUAAGUUAAUGUUACCAUGAAAUAUUUGUAUAAAAUGAAGAAAGCAGGUUAUGAUUAUAUAAAUCUUAUUAGUGUUUAUUAUAUAGCUUAUGGUUAAAUAUGUUUUCUUAAACGAAUUUCAAUUAUAAUGGGUUUAGUGGUUUAUCCCAUUAAAAGAAACAUUUGAGAAAACGUAUGUUGCUGUUUAAUAUUUAUUUAUUAAUGUGAAAACAUUAUAUAUGUAUAUAUAUAUAGGCUAUAUAUGUACGUAUGUAUUUCUAUACGAAUAUUUAUCCUGUGUAUCAAAAUACAAAUAAAGCUUUCAAUAAACAAA